AUGGCCUCGCUAGUUUCCUCAUCUGAGCUUGAUAAACACUAUUCCUUUUUUGAAGCGCUCUAUCAUGAUCAAGCGUGUCACUUGCAUGCUGUAGCUGAUGAUGGUGAUAGGACUCUGAGGAGACUUUAUGUUGGUUCUAAGGAAGCUGCUAGUGAUAAGAGGCUACUGGUACAGUAUAAUAUCACCCAUGUCGUGAUUGCUCAUCCGCAGCUACCCGCCAAAUACGAGGGACGGCUGAAAUACUAUAGAGUGAAUAUAAAAGAUUUGCCUGAUUACAAUCUGUUGGACGAUCUUCCCGGUGCGCUCGAGUUCAUCGAUAGGGCGUUGAGAGAAAAUGAACAUAACCGAGUAUUGGUGCAUUGCUCGAAAGGAGUCUCGAGGAGCUCGAGCAUUGCUAUUGCAUACGUCAUGUUUUUGCGAGGGCUGACUUUCAGUGAGGCAUUUUCGAUGGUUGAAUCACAGCGACCACAUGUAUACCCUAAUCUAGGUUUCCAGGCUCAACUGAGCGAGCUGGAAAAGUAUCUUGGAAGUGAUCAGAAUCCGGGUGAUAAGAAGGUGGUAGAGAAAGCAUGCGCGUUGUGCACGAUUAAUGUGAUGAAGAGUAUAAAGGCGAGGAUAAGAGAUGGCUUGGAAGAGGUGGAGAAGAAGGUGGAUGCGAUCUUGGACGACAAUUUGUUGCUACAACGAGCAGUAAUGUGGAAGAGACUGGGUUUGUUUUUCGAGAAUCUUCACAAGUAUCGUGUAGUGGUAGAGGACGAGGGGCUGAUCGAUGACGCGUUGAGAGCAGCGAAGCAGUUGGAGAGUCUUGGCACUGUGUUUGCCUCGUCGAUAGAGGGGGUGCGGUAUGCUAAGGCGGUGGCUGAGGAAAUAAAGGGGUGGACGAGUAUAUGUGAGCAAGCGAUUAAUGCUAGGAGAUUAAUAGACGCUCAGAAGGAGGGGGAAGCGGAUCGAGAAGAGAAAAAGAAGAAAAAAAAGAAGUCGAAAAAGGAGCAUAAGAAAGAGCGUCGGGAGAAGGGAGAGAUUAUCAUGUGA